CUAAACAUGGCGACUUAGAGGAGAGUCCACGCUUGUUUGUUGACAUAUAUUUAAAAACCAAGUUUAUGCUAUAUUAGUGGAGUUACAGCAACUAUAAAUAUGUCGAGACUCAUCGUUAAAAACCUCCCUAAUGGGAUGAAGGAGGAGAGGUUCAGGUCGAUGUUUGCUGCCUUUGGCACGGUGACGGACUGCUCUCUGAAGUUCACCAAGGACGGCAAGUUCCGCAAGUUCGGCUUUGUGGGUUUCAAAGUCGAGGAAGACGCGAACAGAGCUCUGAAGCAUUUCAACAAGAGCUUCGUGGACACGUCCAGAGUGACGGUGGAGAUGUGUAAGGCCUUUGGAGACCCCACUAAAGCAAAAGCGUGGAGCAAACACACCCAGAGCUCAGGGCCGGACAAACCCUCCACUCCUGCAGACACUGACAGCAAGAAGAAAAACAAACAGAAGAAGGAAGCCAACAGCACACUUGGAAAUCUGGAAGAGGACCAGGGAUUCAAGGAGUUUCUGUCAGUACAUCAGAAUCGAAGCCAAGCACCAACGUGGGCGAACGACAGCAUGCAGCAAACACCUGAUCCUGACGACGGACACGCAAAGGACAAGAGCAAGAAGAAGCUUGCUUCAGACGAUUACCUCAACUUUGAUUCAGACCAGUCAGAGGACGAGGACGAGGAAGAAGGACAUGAUGAUGAAGAUGAUGAUGAAGGUGACACUAAAGAAGCGCUGAAGUCUGGCUUAUCAGACAUGGACUACCUUCGCUCAAAGGUGGCAAAGACAGGGGACGCCAUGGAGGACAGUGAGGAGGACGAUGGUGAAGGGCGUGAUGAUGAAGAUGAGGACCGUGGUCCUGUGCAGCACACAGACAGUGCCUAUGAGAGUGGCGACAGAGAAAACACCUCGAAGACCAAAUCCUCAGUUCCCUCUGAGGACAAGAAGCCGAGCAAAGCGAAGAAAACUGCCAAGCAAGAGACGGAGCCGGCGACGGAAUUCACGGUGAAGCUGCGAGGAGCCCCGUUCAGUGUGAAAGAGCAACAAAUUCGAGAGUUCAUGACGCCACUGAAGCCUGCAGCAAUCAGGAUUGGGAAGAACGAAAGCGGAAACAGAACAGGUUAUGUAUAUGUGGACUUGCACUCUGAGGAACAGGUGGAAAAGGCCUUAAAGAAGAAUAAAGACUACAUAGGUGGGCGCUACAUUGAGGUCUUCCGUGUUGAUGCCUCUGGGGGUAAGAACAAGAGAGACAGAAAGGACAAAGAAAUUGACAGAAACUUCACCAGGAAGCUCAAGGAGGAUGAGGAGGAGGAAGAUGUUGCGGAGUCAGGUCGACUCUUCAUCAGGAACCUUCCUUACACCUGCACCGAGGAAGAGAUCAAAGAGCUAUUUUCUAAACAUGGCCCUUUAUCUGAGGUGCACUUCCCUAUAGACAAUCUCACCAAGAAACCUAAAGGAUUCGCUUUCAUAACCUACAUGAUACCAGAGAAUGCUGUGACAGCUCUGGCCCAGCUGGAUGGACAUAUAUUUCAGGGCAGGAUGCUUCACCUGCUUCCCUCCACAGUGAAGAAGGAAAAGAGCGACUCCUCGGAUGCAGGUGGUCCCGGCUCUUCGUCUUACAAACGGCAAAGAGAUGCUAAAAGUAAAGCUUCAAGUUCCAGCUCCCACAACUGGAACACCCUGUUUGUGGGCACAAGUGCAGUGGCAGAUGCCAUUGCUGAGAAAUACAACACCACAAAAAGCCAAGUCCUUGACCAUGAGUCAAAGGGGAGCGUUGCAGUGAGGAUGGCUCUGGGAGAGACACAGAUCGUUCAGGAGACUCGACAGUUUCUGCUAGACAACGCUGUCAGUCUGGAUUCUUUUAGUCAGGCGGCAGCAGCGAGGAGUACGACUGUGAUCCUGGUGAAAAACCUUCCAGCUGGAGUGACCGUGUCAGAGUUGGAGGAGCUCUUCUCACCUCACGGCUCUUUGGGCCGAGUGUUGCUGCCGCCGUCAGGACUCACCGCCAUCAUCGAGUUCCUUGAGCCAACUGAGGCAAAGCGAGCCUUCACUCGGCUGGCGUACAGCAAGUUUCAACAUGUCCCGCUGUAUUUGGAGUGGGCACCUGUGGGGGUGUUUGUUGCAGCCAGACCAGAACCAGUAUUAGAAAAAGAGGAAGCAGUGAAAGAGGAGAAGAAGGAAGAAGUGGAGGAAGAAGAGGAAGAGGAGGAAUCUGGUUCCACACUUUUCAUUAAGAACCUUAAUUUCAGCACGACGGAGGAGAAACUACAGGAGACAUUUUCCAAAUGUGGGAAGGUCAAGUCCUGCUCCAUCUCCAAGAAGAAAGAUAAAACAGGCAAGCUGUUGUCCAUGGGCUACGGUUUUGUCCACUAUCUGACAGCAGAGGCAGCACAGAAAGCCCUGAGGCAGCUACAGCACUGUACUGUGGAUGACCACAAGCUAGAGCUGAAGAUUUCUGAGAGAGCCACAAGGACUACUGAGGUGUCACGCAAGAUGAAGCAAGAUGAGAAGAAACAGACAGGAUCCAAAAUCCUUGUGCGCAACAUCCCCUUCCAGGCCACUGUCAGAGAAAUUCGGGAACUCUUCUGCACAUUUGGAGAGCUGAAAACUGUCCGUCUUCCAAAGAAAGCCGCUGGUUCAGGGAAUCAUAGAGGAUUUGGCUUCAUUGACUUCCUCACCAAACAGGAUGCCAAGAAAGCAUUUGCUGCACUGUGCCACAGCACCCAUCUGUACGGGAGACGUCUCGUGCUGGAGUGGGCUGAUGCUGAAGAAACAGUAGAGACACUGAGACGGAAAACAGCGGAACACUUUCAUGUGGCCGCCAAGAAGCAGCGAAAGGCAGAGGUGUUGGAGGGAAUCCUGGAGACGAUGGAAACUGACGGGGUUGUGGAAGACUGAGUUCCCUAAACACUGUUGUCUCUGUCAAAGCCUUGACACAACUCUGAUCAGUGCUCCUGUGUUUUCAGUAUAAAUAGGACUGUGAACAAAAUGUGGACCUUAGGAGCAUGUGAGGAAGGAGCACAUUCUGGAUAUAUUACAUUAUACAUUUUGUAUAGAAUGAUGAAUCAAAGAAAGAUGAUUGGACUGGUUUUUAUAUAAAAUCUUAUGUCAUUCUUUAAAAGCUGUAUGUUUGAUGUCUCGUGUUUUGAAUGUUUGUC